GCGGGCGCAGUGCGCGCCGCCGCCAUCAUGAACCCCCUGACCAAGGUGAAGCUGAUCAACGAGCUGAACGCGCGGGAGGCGGAGCUGGGCGUGCAGGAGGCGGUGUCGUGGCACGCGGAGUACAAGGACAGCGCCUGGAUCUUCAUCGGCGGGCUGCCCUACGAGCUGACGGAGGGCGAUGUCAUUUGCGUGUUCUCGCAGUACGGGGAGGUCGUCAACAUCAACCUGGUGCGGGACAAGAAGACCGGGAAGUCCAAAGGCUUCUGCUUCCUGUGCUAUGAGGACCAGCGGAGCACCGUGCUGGCUGUUGACAACUUCAACGGGAUCAAGAUCAAGGGAAGGACCAUCCGGGUGGACCACGUGGCCAACUACCGGCCCCCCAAGGACUCCGAUGACCUAGACGAUGUCACCAAAGCCCUCCACGAAAAGGGCUGUGGGGUUAAAACGCCACCUCAUACCUCGUCUGAGUCCCAGUCAGAAGAUGAGGAUGUGCCUGUAAAAAAGCAGAAAGAUCAGGAGAGGAGCAGGGAGGAGUGGCCCAAGGGCUCGCAGGCUGUGAGGAGAGCACCGCCCCCCGAGGAGGAGCCACCCAGGGUCAGGAUCAAGAAGGAGAAGGAGGACCCCGGGUACGAGCGCUACGCCAGCGGGAGCCACCCGCCCGGGAAGGGCUCCGAGAGGAAGCCUGGGAGCAGGACACAGUGGGAAGAGGAGGAGCGGAGGCACCAGAGGCCGUCGGAGAGGAGAGGGGAAAAGAGAAGCCAGGAGCAGAGGGCACACAGCAGUUGGUGGGAGGAGAGGGAGAAGCGGGAGGAGGGCAGCAGGAGGGGCGAGGGGCACAGCAGCCGGCGGGAAGAGGGUCCCGAGGGAGGCAGAUCCCGGGAGCGCGGGGCCAGGGAGCCCCAUUCCCGGCACGGGGAGCGGGGCUCUGCCCGGGGCUCCAGCCACCACUGAGCCUUGGACUUCCUGGGAUGCUGUGGUGUGGGAGGGUGGCUGGUCUGCUCUCUCUCCCCAAAAUCCCAGCGGGGUGCCCCCCUCUCCUGCUGCAGGGAGGGACUGGGGGGUGUCCUGUCACCUCAGGAGCUGGAUUUGGGUCCGGAGCCCCCGGUGCCUCUCCUGGCUGCGUGAUGGACCCCAGCACUGCCUGGCUGCGUCAGGGGCACGUGCUGUGUGUUUUGGUUUAAAUAAAACCGUGUUUGUACUAAAA